AUGCGCUCGAGCCUCAAGAAGGACCCUGGAUUACAUACAGGGUUUGCGUACUUCCCUGAAGACGCGCCGUACCAAAAACAUAUUUUAAAGUAUGCCACCCAAAAGGAUAUUAGCACCUGCAGUGGCUUCAAGACGUUGGCAAAUGCAGAGACACAAUUCUCGGCCGGUUUACGCUCAACCGGCGUAGGAAUGUGCCUCUGCGCUAGACAUGAAAUCAUUCGCCCUGGGGGCGUGGGAGACCUUCAGAAAGGCGAACGGUACUGCAAUAUGGAUUUCGUGUUACUAUCUGCCCUCGCUCCGCUCCUCGUCGCUUCGGUUUUCAUCUCCUACGACAUCGCUUGCCAAUUCAAGCUUGGCUUCGAAACACGAAUGCCCAAGUUACCGAAGGGUUUACAUAUUCCGCCGGACGUACAGCUCGACUGGGGCAUCCCUAAGUGUCACUGCCCCAUGCAUAAGGUGCCUUGCCAGGCGCCCCAUUCGCUAAAUUUCAAGCCUGGUGUGGGCCGCACUGAUGGUGAGGGAAUUGAACGGAGCUGGGCCGAGAUGAACCGUGUCGCGAAUAGUACGAAGGAAAUGGGUCCCGGGUCACGGCACGACACACUCGAUGACCACUUUGAGCACCACAACUUUAGGAAGUAUGUUUCGCUCGGAAGGACCUUACAUAGCCGCUUAACUCUUGCGAUACCUGAACAAAAACGUCAACAAGCCAUUUUCGACGACUUUUGUUCAUCGCUCAAGGAGAACGGGCUGGAGGAUAAAUGGUUGAAGAUGGUCUUAGAGUGGGAGAAAGACCCAAAGAAGCCGAAUCCGUACAUCUCGGUGGUAACCCAUGCCUCCCAGACCGAAGUGAAAAAACAGCUUCUUGAGGAAGAAAAGCGCGCGGUGACUGCUGGCGUGCCUCAACUACACGAUACCGGGCCUACAGGGUUCAUCUCAAUGGGCCUGGUUGUUGAAGAAUCUCAGCGGCGGAUUAUUUGGGAUUCUAGGCACUCAGCCGAGCUCACGACAAACCAGGAUAAUGAACUGCAGCGCCGUCGUCUGCUACUUCUACGCCACGUCAAGCAGUUCCGGGCGGUUGGCGAUGAUGACGAUGCCGUGCUUCAUGAAGCGGUGCGGAUUGAAUGGGCCAAAGCCCGUGCACGGUGCUUGCGCUGGACAGAAGAAGUCCACUUGCUCAAGGAAGAGAUGCGGAGGGUUCGGAAAACCCUGGAGUGGAAAGCAUCGUGGUGGGAUGCUCGGCAGCCUGGCUGGCAAGCUUUGGAUAAGCCAAUGGGGGAGGGAGUAAGGGCGUAUGCAAGCCGGCAGGCGAGCAUCCAGAGAGCCCUGCACGCACAGUUUACACGCCUGUGGGACACGCCGUGGACGCCUAUAUUGUUUAUUUCUAAGGCUAUGACAUCCAAGUGGAGGAACAAGUGGGAGAUUCGAAAAACCAUCAGAGCUCCAAAAUGGGAGAUUGUUUGA